AGAGCUAUCCUGACCAACUUCCAGGGGAAGGAGCGGUGAAGUUCUGGGAGGAAAAUUCAGACUUCGUAAACAGUCGAGAGGCUCACCAAACACGAAACUGACACAGGCCACAACCAGGCAGCCGCUAUGGACGAUUUAGACGCUUUGCUGGCAGACCUGGAAUCAACUACGUCCCACAUCUCAAAGCGACCGGUGUUCUUGCCUGACGAGACCCCCUACUCCAUCCCUACGGGAGGACAUUCCUACCAGGAUGUGUCAGUUCCACCUCCUGUCCCUCCUCCACCCUCAGCCGAGGCUCUGAAUGGUUCCCUGAUAGAUCAGCCGGACUCCCACCACUCCUCUCAGCUGUCAUUAGGUUCAGCGCAGAAGAGCUCAUGGUCCAGGGACAGUAGCAGCUCUCCGUUGUCUCACAUUGAGGAGGACCACGUCUACAGUUUUCCAAACAAACAGAAGUCAUCAGACUCGUCAACAGCAGCCAUGACCUCUGCCCUGGGCAGUAACCUCUCAGAGCUCGACAGGCUGCUGCUGGAACUUAAUGCAGUGCAACAGAGCUCCCCUUCAUUCCCCACGACAGAGGAGGCGGCCCCACCCUUACCCUCCUGCAGCAUCACCCACUAUGAGAAUGGCAGUGGCCCUGACAUCAUGGUGAGCCCUCCGCCUCAGGAGAAGCCCAAGAGGAACGGAACGCGGAUGGAUGAAACCCGACCCACUGUGGAGAGUCUGCUGGACGAGCUGGAGGGAUCAGUGCCUUCACCCAGCCCCACUGCUUGCCACAGCGAUUUGGACACCCCCUCGCAGCAGCAAGCCAGAAUUUCAGCUUCCUGUGCUACAAGAGAGCUCGAUGAGCUGAUGGCCUCUUUGUCUGACUUCAAGCCCAGUUCUUUGGGCUCUCUGCUGGACCCAGCAGGAGCCUCUUCCAGCUCUCCUCAUCCUCCGGUCUCUUCCUUCGUCACCCCGGUGGCUUCUCCUUCUCUUAAUCUGUCCCACCCGUCUGCCUGUGCGUCUCCCCUCUUCUCUUUGCCUGCUGGUCUAGAGCUGCACAUAGACGAGGACGGAGGAGACGGUGGCAUGACGAUGCCACAUCCAAACCGCUUCCCUCCCCACAGUCCUAUAUCCUCACUCUCUGCAGCCAGUGAUCUAGACCUGGACUCUGUCAUAGAUGUCUCUGCCACCAUGCUGUCAUCCCAAACCAAGUCUCUGCUGGUCCUCUCUCAGUCCGCGUCGUCUAACUCCAACCUAAUGAGAAAUAGCCCAAGUCCUUCCAAUGCCACCACCACUCCCUCACUUACUUCAGUUAAUACUGUCCUGGACCACAAGUCCUCCAAGUGCCCCAGUCCAUCUGUAGAACGGGUCUCACCCUCAAAUACUUUCGGUAAAUUCUCGUGUGCUCCAGAGACUAUGAGCAAGGGGUCGGCUUCUCUUCAUGACCUUGAUUUGAAUUUCUCUACUCCACCUCCAUCAAAAAACCUCACCCCUCCUCUCUCAGCGCCGAAGACUCCUUCACCCCUCCCUGUCGCUGCCUCUAUAUUUUCAUCUUCUGCACAUGCUUCCUCAAAAACAUCCUCACCGUCUCCAGUCUCUCCGUUGAGCGUCCCCUCUCCACCAGCAGGUGCUGGCCUGUUGGAGCCAGCACCUGCAGCUCAGAGAGCCAGCCCCUAUGCUGUGCAGCAGCCCCCCAUGGUGGAACCCUCCCUGGAUGAGGCACUGGACAAGCUGCUAGCAAUGAGUUUUGCACAGAAUCACUCGGCAACAUAUGUGGAGGAACCACAGCUGAAGACGGAGGCGCAUUGUCUGGGCAGGGGAAUGCAGGAGGUGCACGAGGAGCUCAUCUUGCCCAUGGACAGAAACAGUGUGCAGCCUGACACUUUCACCAGUGCCACCAACACCAUCACAGAUGACUCAGUGGACGGAGGCACUGAUGGAAACGGAGACCUGGACUGGGCUGACGAGGAGCUUUCCAUGUCCUUCCAUGAUGGACUGGACGGCACCAUGACGCCUUACACUGAGAGGCCGUACACAGAUGGCAGCAUGACCCCGUUGACAGAGGCCAGCUGGAUGGAUGAGUCCAUGACCCCGUCUUCAUGCCCUGGGACCCCUGAUGUAGCCCUGGACCUACCCAUGCUGCAGACUCCCAGUAUAGACAGAGUCUCUGCAUCCGGACACAUUAAAUCAGUGAUCAGGCGCACGAAGGAGACUCCCAACGUGCAUCCCAUGUACCGAGAUGGUCACCUGCGCAGGAAGAUGGGACCCAUCAUUGUAAACAAAAACAGUUCUCAGGACCGCCUCAUAGAAGAGCUUCAGGGAAAAUUCGGGAUCGGCCGCUCAGAGCGGAGACGUAAACAGUCUGAUGACUGGCUGACUGAGGGCGUCAUCGUCACGUCCAAACCUCAGCGUUUCCGUCCCGACGGGGCCGGCAGUGAGGUCGACAAGAUCAUUAUUCCCCCAGAGUCUCCUGUCCCUGUGAGGAAGGUGCUCCCUCCUCUCUCUCCCCCAGCACCUCGUCGCCCUCCUAUUGUAGAAGAACCUAAGCGGCCGCUCGCUGUACAGCAUCCCCUCGUUCCUAUACCGCCACCUCCUCCUCCACCUCCCUCUCCCCCUCCACAGCCCCAGCACAUCCACGAACCAGUUCCCGCUCCACCUCCUCAGAUUAUAAAAGUUUCACAUCCACCACCAGCCCCAGUUCAGGAACCUCCUGCCCCUAAACCUGAGCCCCCUCCUCCUGUUCUUAAAACCCCAACACGGCUUCCACCAGUGGAGCCAGUGACACCAGUUGCACCUAAAGUCCUGGUUUCUGUAGGCUGCCAAACAGAGUAUGACCCAAUCUUCCCUCCAAUGCAGAUAAUGGCCCAAGGUAAGGGUGGUGUUCCUGGGGGGCCCCCAACACAGGUCAACAAGCUGGACAAUAUGCUUGGUAGUCUGCAGUCUGACCUCAACAAACUGGGUGUGCAGACAGUAGCUAAAGGAGUUUGCGGUGCCUGCUGUAAGCCAAUCGUAGGACAGGUGGUGACUGCCAUGGGCCGCACAUGGCACCCUGAACACUUUGUGUGCACACACUGUCAAGAGGAGAUCGGCUCCAGGAACUUCUUUGAGCGUGAAGGACAGCCUUACUGUGAGAAAGAUUACCACAACCUGUUCUCCCCACGGUGCUACUACUGCAACGGGCCCAUACUGGAUAAAGUUGUGACGGCGCUGGAUAGGACCUGGCAUCCUGAACACUUCUUCUGUGCUCAGUGUGGAUCCUUCUUUGGACCAGAGGGUUUUCAUGAAAAGGAUGGAAAAGCCUACUGCAGGAAGGAUUACUUUGACAUGUUUGCGCCCAAAUGUGGAGGCUGUGCCAGAGCCAUUCUGGAAAAUUACAUCUCAGCACUGAACUGCCUUUGGCAUCCUGAGUGUUUUGUGUGCAGGGAGUGCUUCACCCCGUUUGUGAACGGAAGUUUCUUUGAGCACGACGGCCAGCCCUACUGUGAAGUGCACUACCACGAGCGCCGUGGCUCCCUCUGCUCCGGCUGUCAGAAGCCCAUCACAGGCCGCUGCAUCACGGCCAUGUCCAAGAAGUUCCACCCGGAGCACUUUGUCUGCGCCUUCUGCCUGAAACAACUCAACAAAGGCACCUUCAAAGAACAAAACGACAAACCCUACUGCCAUGGCUGCUUCGUCAAGCUGUUCAGUUAGGGAGAGCAUUUAGCAGCAGCACAUAUGGGUCAGGGCUCAGGCAGGCGUCUAAAUCAUCUUUAGCACAGGUAGGGCGAGAAUGGAUUGUGUUAGUAUCAAAGGAAGUUGUCUGUUUUCUAAUGAUGGCAUUGGAAGUGUGUAUGGAUCGGGGAUGUGCAUGUGGUUGAAGCAGCAUACUGUCUCUGCCAGACUAAAAUACUUUUAAAAUUUCCUUCAGAAAUGUGGAAAAUCGUCCUUUUUGUUUUGUUUUUUUUUAGACCGACAGCAGUUUAUUUUAGAAGCUUUUAUGGGUGUUGAGUUGGUCUAUAGGCCUCAGUGUGAUGCAGACAUGCUCAGUAUUUAAAGGACGUUGAAAAUUUUUCAGAACAUGAACCUGGGAUGUGUUGGACAUUUUCCACAGGCAAAGAGCUGUCAUUCUUUUUUUUUUUGUAAGUCUCACUUCAUUGUGCUUUCAAAUCUUUUUAGGUAUUUUUUUCUUUAUAGAAGGUGGUGAAAUCUUAUUGAACACUGUAAAAAUCCAUGAAAUACUCUGCGUGUUUGACAUUGUUGCUCACUGGUUGAGUGUCAUUUUAGAAACCAUGAAACAAUUUUACAAUUGAUGAGAGUAGAAAGCUUUUAGAUACUUGUUUUCUGUGAUAUACAGUUGGAUUGAACCGAUGGUUUAAAGAAAAAUGGGCCGAGUCGUCGUUCACAGUUCUUUUGUAUGUGUGAAAUUGAUUGUAGUGCCUGAGAAAACAUCCUGAUAUGAAGUGUUGAUACUAGAGUGAGUUUCUAGUUUCUGUUCUAAGCCAAUCAAGAAGUGAGAAUCGGUUUUACAGUUUCUGAUGUUGGAAUCUCAAGCACACACAUUUUUUUUUUAAGCCAAAGGCAAAACCAUGUAUGGAUGAAUAUUUUACAGUGAUUGUCAAUGAAGAAACUCAAUAUGUCGCCAUCCACCAGUAGCUGCGGUAUUCGCUCUCAAUUACAUGUUUGAGUAAACCUCACGUUUUUGUGCUGCCAAAUCAUUCCUUAUGUUUUCACUGAAGAAAAGAGAAAAUAGUUUCUUGCAGUUGUCUCACACAGUGAAGUGGAACCUCACAAAAUAUUGGGAGAAUAUCUCUUACACUACUCCAUUACUGUUUCCGAAUACAUUUUGAGAAGUGUAUUGUAAAUAUCCAGUGCAGCUAUGUUGUAAGCAAAGCGCCGGGAUGCUUAGCAUGUACAUGUGUUUAAUAACCACUCAUUCGAAGAGGGAGGGGGCUGGUGAGAAGGCAUAGCAAAGAUACUUUGAUAUUUUUGGUGUCAUUACUGUAUUGAGAAGCUGAUGAAUGUUCACUGUUUUCAAAGGGGUAGUACAUAAUGCAAGAAAAUAUGUAAAUGUGCCUGUGAUACUCCAGUAACUCUAUGCAACUGUGGAUUAGCAACUCUGCAUUUCAGCAUCUUUCUUACAUCAACAGUCCGUCUGUGCCAUAGUAUCAGUACCAUGUCUAAUAACACUGGCAACUUCUGAUAACAGGUCAAUAGUUCACAGUUAUAUUUUCAUGUCAUUAGUCUGUGAGUCCACUGAAAAAUGUAGACUGUAAAAAAAAAAAAACGAGAGCCUGCUGGUGUGUUAAAUUAAAUCGUAGGACUAUAA